GAAACGACUCCGUUUGGCUCGUGGUCACCACAUUGAUAACCUUCCCAGCUAGACCAGAAUUGGGCGAGUGACAAGUUAACGUAGCCAUCGGGGCGAGUAGAGCGAGGCGGAAGAACUCAGUGAGUCGAGUUUUGGGUUUUCGGAGGAAGAAAUGUCGUUUAUUCAGCGGGCAGUGAAGGUGCCACCGAACUCGGCGUCUCUGGACGAAGCCAGGCACCGAGUCUUCGACUUCUUCAGGGCCGCCUGCAGAUCCAUCCCCACCAUCAUGGACAUCUACAACCUCGACGACGUCGUUGCGCCCUCUCACCUCCGCUCCGCCGUCGCCUCCGAGAUCCGCAAGAACGCCUCCGUCACUAACCCUAAGGUCAUCGAUAUGCUGCUCUUCAAGGCAAUGGAAGAGUUGAAUAACAUCACCGAGCAUGCAAAGCAGCGACACCACAUCAUUGGCCAGUAUGUGGUUGGUCACCAAGGGCUUGUCCAGGAUUUGGGCACCAAAGAUCAGGGGGCCUCUGCUUUUCUCAAAGAUUUUUAUAAGAGCAAUUAUUUUUGAAUCUCCGCUAUUCCCUGGAUUGUGCUUCCGUGGGACUUUGCUUUCGGGGCUGUUAAAUAAAGGUGUACUUGACAAUUUUUUUGCAUCUUUCUGUUGGAUAUAGAUCGUCAAGGUCACUGGGUCAAACCUCAGUUGCUGUUGUUUAAGAAGUCAUUAAUGUUUUGACAAAUGAAGAAACAAGAUAACAGUUAUGUCAUUGGAUGAGCAUUGUAGCUUAUUUUGCUGUUUUUUUUUUAUGCUGUAAGGUUCUUUUGAGAGCCUUUCUCUGAGUUUAUAAUCUUUUCUGCGUGCCUUA